CUUACCGAUUUCUUUCAGACGAUCUGCCUGUCGUUGAUCUGUGGUACGGUCGACGUGGUGAUGUCGAAAGUGCCAGAGGCGCUCGCAUGGGGACUGUAUAAAUUAUUUUUAUCGCUACGUAGACUACAGUAAAAUAACCUACUAUUAUAAAGACUCGACGUUUCGCAUCAACUCCAACAACUGUAACAAAUUAAAAUCCACAUUGUAGAGAAUGGCCGCAACACAACUGAACCGAGCAAGAACCAUCAAAAAAGUAGAAAAACCUCGGCCGCUUAAACUUACUCAACGCCACGCGACCGUCGAUGGGCGGAUUACGACUAUGGAGGACAUAGUGUCCUUAAUCGACAAUGUUGCAAUGCAACUAACUAAUGGCUUCCAUGACCGAACGCUGCAAAUAAGUGUGAUCACUAUGUGUAAUCAUUUAAAAUUAUAUGCUCAUCAAUUAGAAGCAAUUUAUAAAGAUCAGCUAGAUAGAGCUUUUGUGGCAAUCAGAAAUGGAAGUCAAGACGAAAAGCUAGAUUUGACGACUAGGGUUCACCUGCUGGAACUUAUAGAAUUAAGAGCAAAGCAAUGGCGUCACACUGAUUCUAUGGAUGUAUAUUAUACACAAAAAUUAUCACAUUUGGAUAAUCAGGCAGAAGCAAUUCCUGAUACAUCUACAAAUCCAUUGUCAUCUCCUAUGUCAACGAUGAUUUCCCCUACUGUGGCACCUAUUUUAGGACCUGGUGAAGUUAUAAAAAAUAGUGGCAAAUUUGUUAAACCCACACGUAUUCCUGGGAAAAACUACUGUAAAGAUGAAGUUGUUAUACGUAACAGUGAUUCUGGUAAAGUGAUGGGGAUAAAAGGGCGGCGGGUUCACAUGAUCGAAGAGCUCAGCCAGACAAUCAUCUCCUUCCAGCGAGUAAACCCUGGAGCCAAAGAACGACUUGUCCAAAUCACGGGAACUUCCGAGGACAAGAUACAUUACGCGAAGGAUUUGAUAAAAGAUACGAUUCAACGAAAUGCAUCACCGGUGAGAUUGGAGCAAGGUGGAGGAGAAAAAGGAGCUAUGGGUGGUUCUAGCUCAUCACUAAAUAGUAGUGCAUCAGAUGAAAGUAAUCGACUGCAACAUCAGCAACAAAACUCCCGUUUACGAAGUUCACUCCUCCACAGCUUCUCCACCAACGACGCCAGUAUAGGCGAAUAUAAAUAUACGGUUACAGUUGGUAACCAGUCUUUAAAAAUUACAGGAUGCAAUCUCGAUCUUGUUAGGACUGCAAAACUAGUUUUAGACGAAUAUUUCUUGGGAGAUUCUGAAAAUUUUACAAGUGGUAUAGAAUAUUUCAAUUUCGAAGAAGAAUCCCCAUAUUCGAUUUCGUCUUCCAGUACACAAAAAACAUUAUUAAUUUCAAAUAAUACAAACGAAGGCCGAGAAUUAAAUAUGGAUAGUACUGCGACUUCAGAAAGUGAAGAAACUUAUAAAUCUCAUGUAAUAUCUGAACCAAAUUCAUCAACUCAGGAAGUUCCAGAAGUUAGAGAACUCACAUAUGAGUUUUUAUUGCUGUGUUCAACAGGCCCCUAUGCUAAACGACCGCCUGCAGAUUGGGCUCGCAUUCAAAAGGAAUGUCCCAACAUUGUUCGCAAGGAACCGAUUCGCUGGUUCGAACCGGAGGCAUAUAAAGCUAAGGUAGCAGCUGCUGGUCUUGUUACAGUAUUGGCGAUUGGAGAAGGAGAAACUGAUCCAGAAUGAAAUUGCAAAAUUUAAUGCUUCAUUAAAGAAACUGAUCAUCAUGAAAUUGUAUGUACUAAUUUACAUCGAUUGAUAUCUCGAUGUAUUGUGAUAAAUUUUCAAAAGUAAACUUGGUAUAAUGUUCUAAUACAAAUAAAUGGACGAUAAUUUAUAGAUAACAGAACACGUAUUGCUCAAUUCAAUUACAGCAAUACGAACUGAUUAUUAUAAAUCGAUUAUAAAUCGAGAUAUACGCUAGUAUUCAAAAAUAUUACGCGUGUUUAAAUCUAAUUGUUUUCAAAAUAGUUGAAUACUGUAAUAUUUUAAUAAGCAUUUAUGCUUUUUUAAUAUUACACUUAUAUGAAACAAAUUUACGAAAUUCGUUGAAAAACAUUUAAUUCUGAUUAAUUGAAUGUUUUGUACAAUAAGUUUUCUUUAUAGGUACAUUCACAUGUAUCGCUUCGUGUUUUGUAGAUGAUUUUAUUAUUUUUAUCAUUAUCAUUAUUGUUAUUACUAUAUUAUUACUACUGAUACUACUACUAUUACUAUUAGGAUUGAAAUAAUUCAUAUAAACACUUAUGAAAGACAAUAAAACGAUUUUUAUAUUUUUAGUAUGAUAGAUCAAAUUACAGUACUCAUAAAAAAGUAUCUUAUACAAUUUAUAAUUACUAAAUAUUGCUAAGUAAAAAAUAGCAUUUCUGUUGAUAAUUUUCAGUUUAAAUUGCUCUUUAAAAAACUACAACUUUUCAUUGAAAAAAAGAAUUUUACUAACAAGUGGAUGUUGAUUGGUACUGUAAAUAAAAUAAAAUUUAACAUUGUAGAAUGCAACUUAUGUAAGCAUUCAAAAAAAUGCUUUAAUUUUUGAUUUAUAAUAUUUAUUUUGUUACGUAUAAAAAUCGUAACAAAAUAGUGAUUUAACAUAGUCUAGUCCUUUUUUAAAGUAGGAACUACCAUGUUGGUAAUUAUUCUGCUGUGACAUAAUAGCCAAAAAGAAUA